CGGGCUUUCGGUCUGGAGGAGGCGGGAGCAGCUCCGCUCCCCCGAUCCUAUCGCGGGCGGCGCAGGGCGAGCUGUGCCUUCCGUGGGACGGUGACGGGGAGGGGGGUGGGGACCGCGGGAUGUGUCACCCAAAUACCAGAGGGUGAGUCCGCCCAACCAGCCGGGCAGGUCCGGCGGAGUAUAAGAGCGAAGGGAGCGGCCAGCGGCAGGCGCCCGAGACUGUCCCAGCGCGGAGCCGGAGCCCCGCAGAGUCCCCAGCGCCUGGUCUGCCCGCGUCCCGUCUGCGCUCCGCGUCCCCACCAUGGCCCGGGGUCCUGGCCUCGCGCUGCCGUCGCCCCCGCUGCCACUGCUGCUGCUGCUCCUGGCGGCGACGAUCGGCCCCGCGGGCGCACAGGACAACUGCACGUGCGCCACCAAUAAGAUGACCCUGUGCCGCGCGGACGGCCCUGGCGGCCGGUGCCAGUGCCGCGUGCUGGGUUUGGACUUCCCGGUGGACUGCUCCACGCUGACCUCCAAGUGCCUGCUGCUCAAGGCGCGCAUGAGAGCCCCCAAGGGCGGCCGCGCGCUCGUGCGGCCCAGCGAGCACGCGCUCUUGGACAACGACGGCCUGUAUGACCCCGACUGCGACCACGAGGGCCGCUUCAAGGCCCGCCAAUGCAACCAGACGUCGGUGUGCUGGUGCGUGAACUCGGUGGGCGUGCGCCGCACCGACAAGGGCGACCUGGGCCUGCGCUGCGACGAGCUGGUGCGCACCCACCACAUCCUCAUCGACCUGCGCCACCGCCCGGCCGCCCGCGCCUUCAACCACUCGGACCUGGACGCCGAGCUGCGGCGGCUGUUCCGCGAGCGCUACCGGCUGCACCCCAGGUUCGUGGCGGCCGUGCACUACGAGCGGCCCACCAUCCAGAUCGAGCUGCGGCAGAACGCGUCGGAGAAGGCCCCCGGCGACGUGGACAUCGCGGACGCCGCCUACUACUUCGAGAGGGACGUCAAGGGCGAGUCGCUGUUCCCGGGCCGCGGCGGCCUCGACGUGCGCGUGCGCGGCGAGCCCCUGCUGGUGGAGCGGACGCUCAUCUACUACCUGGACGAGAAGCCCCCGCAGUUCUCCAUGAAGCGCCUCACGGCCGGCCUCAUCGCCGUCAUCGUGGUGGUCGUGGUGGCCCUCGUCGCCGGCGUGGCGGUCCUGGUGAUCACCAACCGGAGGAAGUCGGGGAAGUACAGGAAGGUGGAGGUCAAGGAACUGGGGGAGUUGAGAAAGGAACCGAGCUUGUAGGUGACGGUGGGGCAGAGGGUGGGGCGGGGUACCGGAUUUCAGCCCGGCCCCGGACCGAAGUGAGCCGCGCUCCUUGACUCUUGGCCCAGAGGAGAACUUGCUCUUUCCAAGUCCCUGCCUCUCCCCACCCCCAUCAAGUUUAAUAGAUCCUGGGCUCAGGGUCGCCUCUUUUUCUGACUUCUGGCUUCAGAGGAAGCAUUUCUAAAAUUCCUUCCCUUUCGGUCCAACAAGAAACCUGACUCGAAGAGUUAAGGAAAGUUCGGCUCAGGGUUAUAUGUAAGAAUCACCUGUCUGUAUUACAAUCCCGCAUCGUUUGCCAUUGACGCCAUCGGUGUUGAAGGCUUACAGGCGCUUAGAUGGGGGGGGCAGCGCUUUUACCGUCUUGGGUUAAGUUAUUUGAUUAGCUCCAUCUGUAUCCUGGCCUUGCUGGUGAGAAGAGGAGUUCCCCAGCUGAGCCCGCGUAGUGUCCGCAUUUGCUGUCGUUUGUAUUACCAACCGCAUAUGCUUGUCACCAGGAAAGAAGCCUGUUUGAGCUGCCUGAACACAUUUGAGAUGUCUUUGUUUGAGGGCGGACUGUGUCCUAGAAACUCAGCGUCUGUUCUUCAGCCUGCCCUUAUUAUAGCUGAUAGUAGUAAUGUUUCUUUUGUAAAAUGUUUGUACAUAUUUUGUCUUUGAUAAUGCUUUUUUUUAAAACAACGAAUUUAAUAAAAUAUGGAAAAGGUACAGACCGAAAGA